GCAUCAUCAUUCCUCGAUCUACUCGCCAACUAACCACCCACCAAUUAAUUUUGUCUACCAACCAACUACCCGUCCUGCAAUCAACCAGUUUUAUCUUGUAAGCAAAGCCACAAUCGUUUGUUUAUACAAAUUCAGAUUCGUUGUAAAGAUCCAGCAAGUAAGGAUGGCGAGAAAGAAGAUCAGAGAGUAUGAUUCCAAAAGGCUUUUGAAGGAAAAUCUGAAAAGACUUGCAGGGAUCGACCUACAGAUUUGCUCUGCUCUGGUGGGAAUUUAAUAUACAUAUGCUGUGUGGGUUUACUACUGCAGACAAGGAACCAUGGCUUUCAUCAACAAAGCUGGUUGUGAAACCUGAUAUGCUUUUUGGAAAGCGCGGCAAGAGUGGCUUGGUUGCCUUGAACUUAGAUGUCGCCCAAGUUGCCGAUUUUGUCAAAGCUCGUCUUGGUGUUGAGGUUGAGAUGGGUGGAUGUAAAGCACCAAUAACAACAUUUAUUGUGGAACCAUUUGUUCCACAUGAUGAAGAAUAUUAUCUUUCUAUUGUCUCUGAGAGGCUUGGUAGCACCAUUAGCUUUUCAGAAUGUGGUGGUAUUGAUAUUGAAGAAAACUGGGAGAAGGUUAAGACCGUCUUUCUCCCAACCGAUAAACCUAUCACGCUAGAGACUUGUGCUCCAUUAAUUGCUACUCUCCCAUUAGAGGUUCGAGCUAGAAUUGGAAAUUUCAUAAUGGGUGUGUUUACUGUAUUUCAAGAUUUAGAUUUUACUUUCCUAGAGAUGAAUCCAUUUACGUUGGUUAACGGAGAGCCCUUCCCUUUGGAUAUGAGGGGAGAGUUGGAUGACACUGCAGCAUUUAAGAACUUCAAAAAGUGGGGUAACAUAGAGUUUCCAUUACCAUUUGGAAGGGUCCUAAGCUCUACGGAGAGCUUCAUUCACACGUUAGAUGAAAAGACUAGUGCUUCAUUAAAGUUCACUGUGUUAAAUCCUAAGGGACGGAUAUGGACGAUGGUUGCUGGAGGUGGUGCUAGUGUAAUAUACGCAGAUACAGUUGGAGAUUUAGGCUAUGCAUCAGAACUUGGUAACUACGCAGAGUAUAGUGGAGCUCCUAACGAGGAAGAGGUGUUGCAGUACGCUAGAAUUGUGAUAGAUUGUGCUACUGCAGAUCCUGAUGGUCAUAAAAGAGCCCUUCUAAUUGGUGGAGGCAUCGCUAACUUUACGGAUGUGGCUGCCACUUUUAAUGGGAUUAUCCGAGCUCUUAGGGAAAAGGAGUCAAAGUUGAAAGCCGCAAGAAUGCACAUAUAUGUUCGAAGAGGGGGUCCUAAUUACCAGACUGGUUUGGCAAAGAUGCGUGCAUUGGGAGAGGAACUAGGAGUACCCCUGGAGGUUUAUGGACCUGAGGCUACGAUGACGGGCAUUUGCAAGGAAGCAAUUGAAUGCAUAAUGUCAUAGGCAUGAUACCAAUAUUGGUGUUUAUUGUUUCUAUGACACCAGGAACAAAAUUCUUAAAUUUCAAAUUCACUAGACGAUCUUUUUAAUACAAAUUUGGUGUUUCAAUUGAAAUUGAAAGCAAUGGUAAAUAUCUGUUUUACUUGGAUAA